AUGGCGACAUCUCUCCAAAACAAGAUAAAUGAUCUGGAAAGGAGAUUGCGAGCAGAAAACAUAUCCAGGGAUAGAGAUCGAACUCGACACCUGGAUCUAAAUGUUCCUAGUUCAAGGAGGCCACAAUUAAAUAUGGGAGAGUUUGGCGCCUCCCCCAGGUCAAGCUCCGCCCCGUCGUCAGGCCGUCGUCGACCAGCCAUGUUGCAUUACAGUCAGCCUACCAAAGGAGUUGAUGCAGCUGAGAUUGAACAGAAAUACCAAGAGAUUAUGAAACAGACAGGUAUCCUGAAUAUAGAUGGUGAGAAAAUUCCAACAGAUAUCAACGACCUGGAGUCUUUGGGAGAGUUAGGCCAUGGCACCUGUGGUCAGGUGAUUAAGAUGUCGCACAAAAAACACAACUAUGUCAUGGCCGUCAAGCAAAUGCGACGAUCUGGUAAUCGUGAAGAAAAUAAACGUAUCAUUAUGGAUCUAGAUGUGGUCAUCAAGAGUCAUGACUGUCCCUACAUAGUUCAUUGUUUAGGAUGCUUUAUUACACCCAGUGAAGUGUGGAUCUGUAUGGAGUUGAUGUCUACCUGCCUGGACAAGUUGUUGAAGAGGACACGCAUGGCGAUUCCAGAGCAAAUCUUAGGCAAAAUGGCUGUAGCGAUUGUCAGGGCGUUGCAUUACCUGAAAGAGACGCAUGGAGUCAUACAUAGGGAUGUUAAGCCUUCAAAUAUCUUGUUAGAUGAGAAGGGUACGGUAAAGCUGUGUGAUUUUGGAAUAAGUGGUAGACUUGUGGAUUCCAAGGCGAAAACCAGAAGUGCUGGCUGCGCGGCAUACAUGGCUCCAGAAAGAAUUGAACCUCCGGAUCCCAAGAAACCAGACUAUGACAUCAGAGCAGAUGUUUGGAGUUUAGGAAUUUCUUUGGUGGAAUUGGCCACAGGGGAAUUCCCAUACAAAGGAUGUAAGACAGAUUUUGAGGUUCUCUCAAAGGUCAUACAGGAAGACCCACCUCGUCUCCCCCCAGGAAAUGGAUUUACCCUAAAUUUCUAUUCCUUCGUUACAGACUGUUUGACAAAAGACUAUAGGAAGAGACCAAAAUACAAAAAACUUUUGGAACACAACUUUAUCCGACACUACUCCUCCAAGAAUGUGGACGUGGCGUCGUGGUUCGCUGACGUGAAGAUUUUAAUAGACCAAUAUCCAGGCAGGGUCUCGUGAUCAGUGCAGACAUCAUGUACAGACGAACGGAGGAACAGACAAACAAACAGGGCGCAAAAAAGAAAAACAAAAAAAAAACCUGAAAGCAAAUACUGUCUGGAAGAUUAAAUUGUGAUAUGUUUUCAUUAAAAAUCUCUACACAGUCUCUGUAAAUAGAAUGCAUAUAUUUCUUACAGUAGACUUAAAUAGCAGCUACGUAAAUGUACUAGCCACACCCCUAUGUCAUGCAUGAAACUUGUCCUCUUAAUUCUGUGACCGUUUUUUUAGAUUUGACAUUUGCCCUUUAAGAUGAGAUCUUUUCCCUCCCAGUUGUGACCUUUGAACUACAGGUACAAUGAAUCUAUGGAAUUUGAUCAGUUUACAGUGUUUAUGGCAUGUAUAGUGUUUUAACGUGGAUUUAAGACACCAAAACAACAAAUCAUCAAACAUUUGUAAACAGUCCCUCCUGGCACAUGUCUUACCCAGCUGUCAAUAUGUAAAAUUCAUGAAUCUUCUUCUCAUCUUUUAUUUUCACUAUUUUCUGGUAUUUUUAACACUGUUAAAUCUGUUAAAACUCACUUGCAAAUCAUCUCACAGGCCUGGUGUGUGGGAAGAAUAACUUCAGUUGACUUGCUACAUGUACAUUUAGAUAUAUUUGAAGAAUGGUGGACUGAAAACGAAUGUUCUCAGUGUGAUCUUCAUUGUUAUUUUUGCACAGUGUCACCUUCAUUCUUUAUAGUGUCACCCUCCUUCUUCAUUGCCUUGCGCUCUUUUUUCAUAGUGUGAUCCUCAUUCUUCAUAGUGUCACCUUCCUUUUUUAUUACGUGACCCCCCCCCCCCCCUCUUUCCUUCGUAGUGUGAUUGCCAUUCUUUAUAGUGUCCCCCACCCUUAUUGCAUGACCCCCCCUUCUUCAUACGAUGUAGUAUGACCCUCCUCCUUUGUUGUGCGACCUUCGUUCUUCAGUGUGGCCCUCAUUGUUAAUAGUGCCACCCUCCUUCUUCAUUGGGUGACAGACCUUCGUCAUAGUGUCACUUUCCUUUUUUAUUAUGUGCCCCCCCCCCCCCCACCUCCUUCGUAGUGUGAUUGCCAUUCUUUAUAGUGCCCCCCACCCUUAUUGCUUGACCCUCCGUCUUCAUACGAUGUAGUGUGACCCUCCUCCUUCGUUGUGCAACCUUCGUUCUUCAGUGUGGCCCUCAUUGUUAAUAGUGCCACCCUCUUUCUUCAUUGGGUGACAGACCUUCGUCAUAGUGUCACCCUUAGUGUUCAUUGAUAUACUGCCCUUAUCCUUGGUCAGAGUGACCUUGGUUUUUCAUAUCAACCUCAUUCUUUAAUGUGUCACUGUUCUUAUUCAUACUCAUCUUGAAUAUCACUUCUAUUUUCUUGUCAGUGUCGCCGUCAGUCUUCAUAGUUAAAGUCCCCCUCAUUUAUAAGGACUGUGUCACCCUAAUUCUUCCCGUUUCACCUUCAUUCUUCAUCAUGUCACCCUCAUCCGUCAUAGUGAGUGUACAAGUAAGUCUCUUUUGUCACGUUAUAUUGAACUGACUCUUCUGGUGUCACCUUCAUUUUUCAUAGUGUUACACUCAUUCUUCAAGGUGUGACACUCAUUUUUCAUAGUGAGUGCCCCACUCAUCCUUCAUAGUGUCAGACUCAUUCUCGCAGUGCCACCUCCAUUCUUCAUAGUGUUACCUUCAACCUUUAUGGUCAGUGUCAUCCUUACACUUAACAGUGAGUGUCACCCUCAUUUCUCAUUGGGUCACCCUUAUUUCUCAUUGUGUCACCCUCAUUUCUCACUGUGUCACUGUCAUUUCUCAUUGUGUCACCCUCAUUUCUUAUUGUGUCACCCUCAUUUCUCAUGGUGUCACCCUCAUUUCUCAAGUUUCACCAUCAUCCUUCACUGUCAGUGACAUUCUCAUUGCCCAUUUCAUAUAUCCUGACAACAACAAAAUUAUUACCUCCAAAAUGUUGCCCCACAUUAGAAUCUUGCAGCUAGUGUAAAUUUGCUUUUAAAAGAAUUUGGUGUACAGUUUAAGAUGUAAGCCUCAGAUAAUGCAUUUAAUUCCACCAUCAAAUCGUGAGAUUAGUUAUCUGUUGCCUAGUCACUUGCCAACCACAGACUUGAGCAUGUGUUUGCUUCAUUAGUUACCUCUGACAAAUCGCGUGUCAUCAAAUUCAAGAUUUAGAGAUUUCAGUCAACAAAAACAGCUAUCAGUAAAAGAUUAGAUUUGCGAUAGUACAGGAACAUUUUUCCAUUUUAUUGAAAUUGCUGAAGAACUAUACUUGACUUCAUAUACAUGUAGGUUUGUUAAGUUUGUUCUACUGCAGAGAAAAGUUGAAUGUGUCACUAAUCCGUAUAUUUAUCUGGACCUUUAAAUACAGUAUUUCAUUACAACUGCAUAUAGUGUUUUAUGGAGGUGCCUAAAUGGUUCAUCAAACCUGCGUAUAACUGUAUCUGUAUGCGGACACCUAAAUGUUUCACCAAAAUCAGCAUGUGCCUGUAAAUGUUUCCCUGAUGCGGCACAUAUAACUGUAUGCAAGUUUUCAAAAUGUGUUCACCAAAUCCACAUUUAUAACUGUACAUGUGCAUAGAACCCUCUGUGCUCCAUCAAAUGUACACAUCACUAGAAACAAGCCUAAAACCUAUACAAGAAUGUAUCAUGGUAGGCCAGUCAUAUGUCACAAUUUUACUUACUUUUAUCAGUAAGGGAAUGCCUGGAGUCUUUUCAUCAUGUGUAACAUGUACAUGUAAAUUCCUAGAUGUGAUACCCGGUACUGGCAUUCUGUUCUACACAGGCAGGUUUAUACCUGUACAUGGAUCAGUUCUAUGAUAUGUCUGUCCCAAAAUCUGUUUCUCAAGAGAAGGCAUAGAUUUUGGCUUUGUAUUUCAAUCCCCAAAGUAGCUACAAAGCCUAUGGAUAUGUGCAAUCAUUCACUUGCAAAUCCCAAAAUGUCUGCAUGUUCGUCAACAUUCAUUUGCAUUCAUGUAUAUCACUUCAUGUUUCAAUCCCCAACGUGCCACAAAUUCCACAAGUGCAGAAACAUCAGGUUUUUCACAUGUAAUGUGAAUUUCCAGGUGUGCCACAAAAACCAUGCAUGUUAAUAAUGCAUGCACAGUUAGCAUUUGUAACCGGUGGAUCCAGCAGACCGCUAUCUAAUACUUUGUGUGCCGAUCCACCAGAUGUGCCACAUAUUCAGCAUACUUACCUGUAGAGCAAAUUUCAUAUAUUAAGUGUGAAGGCGUCAAUAAAUCAUGUUUAUGUCAAUCCCCAGAUACGAUACAACUGCACAUAUAUGUGUAGAAGAAUCACUAAUUCAUGUAUAUGUGAAUCCCCAGAUGCGUUUCAAAUUCCACAUAAAUAUGCGUGGAAGCAGCCGUAAAUAUUUGCAUGU